AUGGCGCUCUCGCACCUCUCCCGCCGCCUCCUGAGUCCAACGGCUGCCGCUGCCGCCGCGCAUCUCCCCACCCCUAAGACAUUCGCCCAUGGCCGCGACCCCUUCAUACUCCUGAAUCCCGGCCGCCGCUUCUUCUCCGCGUCCUCAAACCCCAGCCCCAACCCCUCCUCCUCCGCGCCGUCGGAGCCCAGCCAGGGCGCCCCAUCCGCGCCCGUGUCGCCUGAUGAGAUGCGGCACCAGGAGAUCGAGGGCCCCACGGUGGAGCGCGACACGUCGCCGCUGGCCGACGAGACGCGGCGGGAGCUCGACGCGCUCCGCCGCACCGUGCAGCGCCUCAGCGGCUCGCUCGCGCUCCUCGGAGGGGCGCACCUCGCGGCCGGCGCGUGGAUCGCGUACGGUACCCCUCCGCUCGGUGUCGGUUCCGCCGCGGCGGUGCAGGGCGUGGCGGCGUUCGGGUUCCCCUUCGCGGUCGCCCUGGUGCUGCGCCGCGCCAUCAAGCCCAUCGCCUUCUUCCAAAAGAUGGAGGCCAACGCGAGGCUGCAGGUGCUCACUCUGUGCCUCCAGGCUAUGAAGAACGUUAACCUCAUGCUGCUGCGGACGCGGGUGAUGGCCAUCUCUUGCGCUCUGGGAGUGUCUGUCGCGUCAGUUGCUGCUGUGUUGAUGCGAUGA